AUGUCAGCUCCAUCCGCUCCCCCAAUUCUGGACUUCUCUCCAAUUUAUGGAGAAGACGAUGAAGCAAAGGCCAGAUUGGUCGAAGAGGUUCGCAAAUGCUGUCAAUACAACGGCUUCUUCCAAAUCACCGGUCAUCGCAUACCAUUGGUUUUACAGCGCCGGGUAAUGGACUGCUCAAAGAGAUUCUUCGAUUUGCCACUGGAGGAGAAGAUGGAGAUCGAUCAAAACCUGAACUCUUUCAAUCGCGGCUAUGAAAUGCUCCGGUCGCAGAUGCUAGAAGUUGGCACAAGUCCUGAGCUCAAGGAAGGACUUUACAUCGGCGAAGAAAUCUCCGAGGAUCACCCGUACUUCCUACAAAAGAAAUUGACCAGCGGUCCCAAUCAGUGGCCUCGGACAGUUCCAGAUGCUGAGGAGUUCCAGAAGACAACAAUGGAAUACUACCACGCGGUAUUUGACUUGUCAAAGGACGUUCUUGCCGUUCUGGCAUUAACUCUAGGCGUGGAAACCAGUUAUUUCGAUCCCCUUACUGACGGGGCUGUUGCGACGAUGCGAUACCUGCACUACCCCGCGCAGCCCAAGGAUGCAGAUGAAAAAUUGAGUCGUGGAAUUGGCGCACACACAGACUUCGGCUGCGUCACUUUAUUGCUACAGGACGAGGUAGAUGGUCUCCAAGUCCUGGAUGCCCCGACAGGACAAUGGCUUGAUGUGAAACCCACUCCUGGAGCUUAUGUUGUGAAUCUGGGAGAUCUUUUCAUGCACAUGGCAAAUGAUAAAUACAAGUCAAAUACCCACCGGGUAAUUAAUAAGUCUGGCCAGGAGAGGUACUCGAUUCCGUUCUUCUUCAGCGGGAAUCCGGAUUAUCUGUGCGAGUGCUUGCCGAAUUGCCGCGCGUCGGAAGAAGAUGCCAAAUAUCAAGCUAUAACUGUUCAGGAUUGGGUUACCGCUGCAUAUAAGAGGAGCUAUGGUCGGGCGGACAAAUACAAUAAAGAGAUGGAGGCGAAGGCGGUUGAGAUGCCUGGUGUGGCUGCAGUCGGUGCGUAA